AUGCCGCCCAUCAUCCGUCGCCCGCCGCUGUCUGAGCGCAUCAAGGCCAAGCUCAACCCAUACGACCUGCUACUCUGGAUGGCCGAGGAACUGCACGAAAGCGCUCUGGAUGAAGCCUUACGCGACUGGGGACUGCCCAUUGGAGCCGGUGCAAACUUGAUCUUUGCAUGCGCCAGAUGGAGUCUGAAGAACAGCGUCAACGACGACAUCUUUGGAGAGCUCGAGGGCAAGAGUGGCUGGUUCCACUGGUUUCUCUCGUUCGUCGCGCACUUUCUCGCCUUUGCCUCGCUGUUCAACGCCUUCUACACAUUCACGCGCUCGCGCAAAUACCGCCUCUUCGAGAGCUCCAUCGACCAAGCCCCAUCCACACCUUCUGCGCGCAGAGUGCGCGUCGACUCGUCACCCUCUGCCUCGCCGCUCGCCUACUUCUCGUCCAUGAUCACUUCCAACAGUGUCUUUUCGCGUCGACACCCCGACCAGCACAAUGACGUGUGGGAGGUCAGCGUCUGGGACCCCAAGCCCUUCAACCUCGAGCUCUUUGCCCUCUUCUCGCCCGGCCACGUCCUCGUCUACUGGCUCUUCCUGCCCACCAGUCCUGCAGAUCCUCGCCCUUCCGUCACCUUUGUCACGACCAUCCUCCUCGCCACUCUUCUCAGCGUCCAGCUGCUGUUCUUCAAGAAGUUCUUCGUUCAGCAGGCAAAAGACUCUACUCUUAUCCACAAGGAGGUCAUGAACGAGUACGACACCAAGUUUGUUCAUCCCAACAUGAAUGGCCCAGUAAGAGAUGUCGGUACGCAGACGAUAGACACGGCCACAAGCCCUGGAGGAGCCAGAAUCAGGACAAGAGAGGUCGACGUCUACACACCACAUACAGUCAUCAACAAGGGGUUCAAGGUCAAUCCCAACCCAGCAUACGUCAAUCACCUCACCGACGACCCGCGAGCCCUGUACGCCACUUCGCCGACUAAGAAUCUGCCGAGAAGCGCCACGACUCCCCUGCUACAGCCGACAUUUGGGAGCUAUAGCACAGUUUCCUCGUUCAACACGAAUGCAGGGUCAUCGUUUGGAGCCACGCAUGAGCCGACAGACGUCUUCAACACGCCGGGCAAGACACAGCCGUUGACACGCGAGCGACUUGCAAGUCCGCUGAAGAGAGCGGGAGAUGGAGGAAGCUUGGGGGUAUACAGCCAUGCCGCAAGUCCUCUUCGCAAGAGCGCGAACAGGCAGUUGUUGAGGCCAGAUGGCAGACCUCAGGGCAGUCCGUUGAAGAGGACGGUGAAUGAGCAAGGUGGACUGACGGAGAGAUUUGCGAGAUUGAGCGAUGCAAGUCGCCGGGAUUCAUCAAGGUAUUAA